AUGGCCUGGGACUCCCUGUGCAGCGGGGACUUGCUGCGCCCCAAGAUAAGAAGUGCCUCAAGCCAGACGCCUGCCAGUCAGCGCAGUGCGGGAACACCGUCCCUGGAGGAGCUGCGGCGCCUGCUCUGCACACACGCACGUCCCACGGGGCAUGUGGAUGAAGUCUGGCCAAACCUUUACGUGGGAGACCUGUAUGUUGCUCGUGACAAAACACAGCUGAGCCAAAUGGGCAUCUCUCAUGUUGUGAAUGCUGCUGCAGGGCGAUUUCACAUCGACACUGGACGCAACUUCUACAAAGACCUGCCUGUGGAUUACUAUGGAGUAGAAGCAGAGGACAACCCAAACUUUGAUCUCAGCAUUUACUUCUACCCAGUCGCUCGAUACAUAAGAGCAGCACUGAAUUCCCCAAGAGGCAAAGUACUAGUUCACUGUGCAAUGGGAAUCAGUCGAUCUGCAACUCUAGUCCUUGCUUUCUUAAUGAUCUGUGAAGAUAUGUCCCUCACUGAAGCCAUUCAGACUGUGCGCGCACACAGAGGGAUCUGCCCCAACUUCGGCUUCCUCAAGCAGCUUCAGGAGUUGGACCUCCAGUUAGGAAGUGGGAAAGGCAGAGGAGCAGAGGCCUGCUAG